ACAGCGCCUGGAGGCGUUGACAACGUAGUACAGCAACAGCCGGGGAGGAAAAUAGCAAUGAGUAGAACGCGAGAGGCCGACCGCGCCGUAUGUCACCCCAUCAGCACCCCUUCGGAAGUGUCAAAAUAAAGGCCUCUUAGCCCGAGGGUGGCCUUGAGCGACUUCACACCUGCAUGAAGUCACAAGCAGUCAGUAACACGGAAGGGCAGGCCGAGGGUGAGGCGAGUUGUGAGUGAUGGAAGCGGGUCCGGGCUCAGGCCAAGGAGAAGUUAGGCUGUGUUUUGUACCUUCCUGUCAUAGAGGAUUUUGUAAAUCGUCGUAUCCGAAAUGGCUGCUGCCCAUUGUCUCUGCUGCUCGGAAUUUCUUCAGAGACAGUUCCUCACCUGUUUCCUUACAAACCCACACUAUGGCAGCCUCAUUAAUGCAGAUGGCCAUGCUGAAGUGUGGACAGAUUGGAAUGAUAUGUCCAAGUUUUUCCAGUAUGGAUGGAGAUGCACCACUAAUGAGAAUGCCUAUUCAAACCAUACCCUGAUGGGCAACUGGAACCAAGAAAAAUAUGACCUGAGGAAUAUCGUGCAGCCCAAACCUUUGCCUUCCCAGUUUGGACACUACUUUGAAACAACAUAUGAUACCAGCUACAAUAAAAAAAUGCCACUUUCAACCCAUAGAUUUAAGCGAGAGCCUCACUGGUUCCCAGGACAUCAACCUGAGCUGGAUCCUCCUCAAUACAAAUGCACAGAGAAGUCAACUUAUAUGAGUAGCUAUUCAAAACCUCAAAUUGGACAUCACUCUGCAUGUGUGUAUAGUAACUGCCCAUUUCAGGGUCUAGGAGUCUAAGAAAAAAUAAGAAGCUUCAUUUUCCACAGUAGAAUACAGGAGGGACCAUGUUCUAAGCACACCUAAGAAUUUAGCAGACUAUGGCAUAGUUUCACUCUCUGAAUAAAUAAAGCACAAAAAAUGUUCUCUACCCUCUUUUAGCCAAGAUUUGAACAUCAAAUUUAAGUUGAUUACAUCUAUUAUUUAUACCUUAGGGGUGCUGUAGAAGGGCAAUAAAAAUAUCAUUU